UCCAGUCGGCGAGCGGAGCAGCGAGCGAGCGUGUGUGUGUUUUUUAAAGAUGGCCGGAGCGGCGGCGGCGGUGGCCGCGGGAGCAGCAGCUGGAGCCGCCGCGGCAGCCGUGUCGGUGGCGGCUCCCGGCCGGGCCUCGGCUCCCCCGCCGCCCCCGCCGGUGUACUGUGUGUGCCGGCAGCCGUACGACGUGAACCGUUUCAUGAUCGAGUGCGAUAUCUGCAAGGACUGGUUCCACGGCAGCUGUGUUGGAGUAGAAGAACAUCAUGCUGUUGACAUUGACCUGUAUCACUGUCCCAACUGUGCAGUUCUACAUGGUUCCUCAUUGAUGAAAAAGAGGAGGAACUGGCACAGGCACGACUACACGGAGGUUGAUGAUGGUUCCAAACCCGUGCAGGCUGGAACUAGAACUUUCGUGAAGGAAUUACGUUCUCGAGUCUUCCCAAGUGCCGAUGAAAUCAUUGUAAAGAUGCAUGGCAGCCAGCUGACACAAAGAUACCUGGAGAAACAUGGAUUUGAAGUCCCUAUUAUGGUCCCCAAAUUAGAUGAUCUAGGACUCAGGCUCCCUCCACCUACUUUUUCUGUUAUGGAUGUGGAACGUUAUGUAGGUGGUGACAAAGUGAUAGAUGUCAUUGAUGUGGCAAGGCAGGCAGACAGCAAAAUGACACUUCACAAUUAUGUUAAAUACUUCAUGAAUCCUAACAGACCAAAAGUGUUAAAUGUGAUCAGCCUUGAAUUUUCAGAUACAAAGAUGUCUGAAUUGGUGGAGGUUCCUGAUAUAGCCAGAAAACUUUCCUGGGUGGAAAAUUAUUGGCCAGAUGAUUCAGUCUUUCCUAAGCCAUUUGUUCAGAAAUACUGCUUAAUGGGAGUUCAAGACAGCUACACAGAUUUCCACAUUGACUUUGGUGGGACUUCAGUCUGGUACCAUGUCCUCUGGGGCGAGAAGAUUUUUUAUUUGAUUAAGCCAACAGAUGACAAUUUGGCACUCUAUGAAUCUUGGAGUUCAUCGGUGACCCAGAGUGAAGUGUUUUUUGGAGAUAAGGUUGACAAAUGCUACAAAUGUGUGGUGAAGCAGGGACAUACCUUAUUUGUUCCUACAGGGUGGAUUCAUGCUGUGCUCACGUCUCAGGAUUGUAUGGCUUUUGGGGGGAACUUUCUGCACAACCUUAACAUUGGCAUGCAGCUCAGGUGUUAUGAGAUGGAAAAAAGGCUAAAAACACCAGACCUUUUCAAAUUCCCUUUCUUUGAAGCCAUAUGCUGGUUUGUAGCCAAAAACUUGCUGGAAACCCUAAAAGAGCUGAGAGAAGAUGGCUUCCAGCCGCAGACUUACCUAGUACAGGGAGUGAAAGCGCUGCACACUGCUUUAAAAUUGUGGAUGAAAAAGGAACUUGUAUCUGAACAUGCCUUUGAAAUUCCAGACAAUGUUAGACCUGGACAUCUUAUUAAAGAACUCUCUAAAGUGAUUCGAGCAGUAGAGGAGGAAAACGGCAAACCAGUUAAAUCUCAGGGAAUUCCUACUGUAUGUCCAGUUUCACGGUCCUCGAGUGAAGCAGCUUCACCCCACCAUUCCCGACGAAGGAUGAGGAGGCUUCGGGAUCAUAACGUCCGGACCCCUUCGAACCUCGACAUCCUGGAGCUCCACACGCGGGAGGUGCUCCGAAGACUGGAGAUGUGCCCGUGGGAAGAGGACAUUUUGAGCUCUAAACUGAAUGGAAAAUUCAACAAACACCUCCAGCCAUCUUCCACGGUUCCUGAAUGGAGAGCGAAGGAUAAUGAUCUACGAUUACUGCUGACGAAUGGAAGGAUAAUUAAGGAUGAGAGACAACCCUUUGCAGAUCAAAGUCUUUAUGCAGCAGACAGUGAAAAUGAAGAGGAUAAGAGAAGGACGAAAAAGGCAAAAGUGAAGAUAGAAGAGAGUUCAGGAAUAGACGGGGUGGAGAAUGAAGCGUCUCGAAAGCCACUUAACAGGUUUUUAACAAGUGUGAAAUCGGAACUCAGGAAUCGACCAUCGGAAUACUCUGAUAUUUCUGAUUCAGAAGACUCUGGACCUGAUUGCACUGCACUGAAAAAUAAUUUUACCACUGAAGAGUCUGAAAGUUCAGGUGAUGAAAAGAAACAAGAAAUAACAUCAAACUUUAAGGAAGAAUCUAAUAUGAUGAGAAACUUCCUUCAAAAGAGCCAGAAGCCAUCUAGAAGCGAAAUUCCGGUCAAAAGGGAAUGUCCUACCUCGACGAGCACAGAGGAAGAAGCUAUUCAGGGCAUGCUGUCUAUGGCAGGGUUGCACUAUUCCACGUGUUUACAGAGGCAGAUACAAAGCACAGACUGUGAUGGUGACAGACGCUCUCUCCAGGAUCCCAGCAGCUGCCACAGCAGGAACCAUGAGGUCAGGCAGUUGUAUCGCUAUGAUAAGCCAGUGGAAUGUGGAUAUCAUGUCAAGACUGAAGAUCAAGACUUGAGGAGUUCUUCUUGGAUUAAGCAAUUUGAUACAACUUCCAGAUUUAAUCUUCAGGAUCUAAGGAGAGGUCAGAAAUGCAUCAAAAAGGAAGUUUCAUCAGAAAUCAGUCAGAAAGUCCAAAGUAGGAAUUCUGUGGACAGCAGUGGCUCCAGCCCUCAGAGUGGAAAGUACACGCAGAGCUCGAGCUUGCUGUCGGGGGUGUGCCAGAUGAGUAAUGGCACUGUAAGCCCGGAAGGGCCUGUUGGGGAAACCUCCUUUUCAGUGCCCCUUCAUCCCACCAAGAGACCUGCAUCAAAUCCACCACCGAUCAGCAACCAGGCAACAAAAGGUAAACGUCCAAAAAAAGGAAUGGCAACGGCCAAACAGCGUCUCGGGAAGAUCCUUAAGUUGAACAGAAAUGGCCACGCACGUUUCUUUGUGUGACGGAGCUGCGGUUGCGGCCACUCUUCCCUUCGGAGACCGGGCUCGGGGGCGGGAGCCUGGAGCUUCGCCGCGCCCCACCCAAGCAGGUUGCAUGUACAGUAGAGAACACUGCCUGAAGAACAAAAUGAACCCGAUGCUGCAUUUUCACUGUGCCACACCCACUCAGCAAUAACCAUUUUGGACCUGGUGGGGAGAGGAAGAAGGAGGGUAGAACCUUAAAAAGAGGCCUUGAACUGGAAAGGGUCUCUCGUCAGGGCUUGAAUUUCAUUUUGUUGUUGGUAGUGUCUUGAUUUAUUUUCAGUGGUAGGCUAAAGAAUUAUCAAUAAUUUAUUUAACAGAUUUUUUUUUAAAGUUAACAACUUUUAAAUUCUUUCCUUUUUUUUAAAGCUAUUUAUUUGGAAGAUUUCUGGAGAAAUAUCUCACUAAUUUAGAUUUAAGAAUGUGAAGGUUUUUAAAUUAUUUUUGAUAGUGUGUGUUGUUACAGGUGGGGAAGAGCCACGGUAACAGUAACCAGUCUGGACUCUUAAAUUUGCUAUUCAGGUUAAAGUCUUAAACAGGGAUUUGAUGCAUUAAUUAUUUUAAAUUAAGAUGUAUAUGAAAAUCAUUUUAUUUUAUAUAUUUCAUGUGUUUUUUAUAAGCUAUUAGCUUCGCUUUUGCUAACAUCCGAGGUGCAUACUGUUAGCCAGGUUGCUUGCCUACACCCCCCACCUUCCCUCUGCGCUCCCCGGCAUCUUGUGACCACUCGACAAGACUCUUCGUCUCUUUGCAGGGAAACACUUUCGUAGCCAAUGUGUAAGAAGUACGUGAACGACCCCGCCUUUCUCCUUUCGUUUGACAUUGCAGUUUUCUUCUGACUAGAAAAACAGGCUUCCUGCAUUUUCAUUUUUGCUGAUGCUGUCUGGGUCCCAAAGAGUACAGCUUUAAUCUCUUUUCCCACUUGUGGGAAAAGUAUGAUAAGUUUGGUUAAAAUUGUCAUGUGUGUAGUCUUUCACACCCGUUUGUAACGACAGAGGGCCUCCAUGCUGCUGGUGUUGGAGGGCAGGAGCAACGCCUGCCGCAGAGGUUACAUUUUGUGGCGCUUUCAUUCUGUAUACCUAAGUUGUUGGAAAAUAAUGAACUAUGGUUUGACUUAGCAUAUUCAGAUCUGGUAAUAAGCCGUAAUAUAAGACUACAUUAUACUAAGUUGUAUAGAAGCAGGCACGUUGGAGUAGAUGAUUUGAGGGUGCGUGCGUUUAGUUUUUUACUUCCUAACAUUCUAAAGAAUUAUUUAAGGUAUGGAUUUGGAGUAGAAUGGGUGCUUUCUGCAGUUUCUUCCAUCUGUCCCAAGUUGACCAGUGCAUAGUGAGGUUAAGUAUCUCGCCGAGCUUUAAGGAGUCCUUUACCGCCUUUGAGCACAGUUUUUGCUGAAUGCCAGAUUUCAGUUGCUUGCAGUAGCUUAUAUUUUCCUUUUUUCUCCCAGUGGCAUUAAAACAAGUGAUUUCUGGGGGUGGGGUGGAGAUAUUCCCAGUUUUGACAAUAGAGCCAUUUUACAAGUUUCUGCAAAGAAAAUAUGGGCAAAUUGGAUAAAGUGUAUGUUUAUGGAGAAGAACUAUGGCCAUAUCAUGGAUUUGUCUUUUUUUAUUUGGCAGGACUUUCCCUUCUGUGUUAUCACCUGAAAAGCUAGGGGAAAAAAUCUAUACCACUAUCUUUCAUGGUUGCAUUCAAAUGUGCGUUUUCAAAGAGAACUUAUUUCCUACUCUGUCUCCAUUCCGGGGCUUCAUGGAGUGUCUAGUAGGAAAUGCCUUUACGAAUUAGCCUUCUUGGUCCAGGUGACCGGACCACUGUCUGGGUCUCAUCUGGGAGUCAGGAAGAAGAAUGUUCAUGCAAGUGCCGAAUGUCUGUAAUAGGCCUACCUGAACUCUGUCUACACUAUGCCGAAACCAGGUAAGAGAGAGGUACAGGCAGUCAUUUGAUUGGUCACCAGAUCUCGAGAUGUCAAAGACGGGGGUUUGCCUGCUUCUCCCACCUUCCCCCCACAAUAUAUUACUGUGAUGUUUUGGUUUUCUGUAGAUACCAUGGUCGUGUUAGAGGACACAGAUUUUUGCUUUGGUUUAAGAAAUAGGAAUUGUAACUUCUUUUUUUUCAGCUACAUUAUGAUCUGGGUUCUUUUGCUAUCUUUACAUUUUUCACAGCUCUAAGUAUUUUUAAUUAGCUGACUUUUUUUCUUUCACUAUAAAAAUGGAAAUAAAUAAUUUAUUUGGGGGAAUUAAAUUGUGGCCAGUAUCCACCCUGUGUACUUAAGCUGGUAAAUAGUAAUUUUAAGUAGCCAGUAUGUGGAACUUUUAAUUAAGUGAAGGUACUGUGGAUUUAUUUUUGGCAGUGUUAGCCCCUUAACUGGCUACCUUUUAAAAACUUUCAGUGAGGCGAUAUAACCACUAAAACAGAAUACAUGUAAUCUUUUUGAGAAUUGGUAAAAAUUCAGCCACUGAUCCAGUGACUGUUUCCAGACAAACCUCUUAUAAAAUCACUGGCUCUGAUGCAUCCCUUUAUCUCAUGCAACAUUCAGUUCAGAAACGGCUGAACUUUGAGGUACCUGCUGCCGGCAUCUGGACUCGACGCGCAACAGACAGCCUUUCGUCUUUUCCUCAGUCUCAUGUAUAAAUAAUACUACCGUACAGACCCUGCAACUUAGGAAGACAGCAGUGGGGGCUUUGAGCUAGUGAUAAAUAUGUCAAACAAUUGUGAUUUUAACGUAUGCAAUUUUAAUUGUAGUCAUAGGUAAUACUUUUCCUUUAUUGAUUCAAAUAAGUGACUUCUGUUAAGGGGGCUCUCCUGUACUGUAAUUGAUAAUGUCGCAUGAUAUCGUGCUCUCCAUAAGGAUGUAAUCUGUACAGAGCUGGCAGUUACAAUAGUUCAGUGUCCUCGAAAUACUUGGAACUUCAUGAGCAUCGGUUAAUUUUCAAAGCAUACAGAAUUGCAAAUUCUGACCGAAACCGUCUUAUAAGUUCAGAAAACAAGCUCAUUUCUAUCACUACUUAAAUACUUAGCAUUGAAUACUGCUCUAUUUUUUUCACAGUCCUGAUGGCCUUUUUAAUGAUCUCUACUGUGUCUAUUCAUGUGGAGUCAGCAGCUGUUUAUCAAGCAUCUGCUGUGUGCUCAGCACUACUUGGCACUGUGAGGGGAUACAAAGUUGAAGUUGUGGUCUCUGCUCUUGAAGACGUCUUCUCCAGGAAGCAAGCAGUAUUAUUUUUACUUCUGAGCAAACUUAAGCAAAAGAGGGCUCAUUUACAAAAAAGCAAAACGUAAUUAUUAGUUGCAACAGAGAUGUACUGCACAACUGUAGAAGGAGAAGCAAAAAAAUUUAACUUCAAAAUUUCAAGAACAUUUCAAAAGUUAAUAGUUUAAGGUUGGACAUCAUGGGGGCAUAGUGUGGCAUGAAAAGGAGCAGAAGACCAGGUGUUUGUCCAAGUUCUGCCCUUUGACCUUGAGUAAGUCACUUAUCCUUUCUGAGUAUUUUCUCAUUUGUAAAUUUGGAUCAAAAAGCAGUUAAGAACAUAAAAGGCAUUCCUUAAUCUGUUAACACUUCAUUAUUUAAGUUACAGCUGACAGUGAGUGCACAUGCAUAUGCAUUUUUAAAUGAAAACCGCCAUUACUCAUAAAAUUUGCUUCAUAUCAAAUAUAUACCCAGAAUGUGCUACCUAAAAAAUCUGAAGACCCUCUAACAAGGUGCUGAAUUAACCUCAGAAUCAGUGCUCCCAGUAAAGAAAAAGGAAGGGGAUAGUUUAUGGAUAAGAGUGAGAAUGGUCAUCCUCAAAUCUUCAUUAAGGUGAUUUGAAGUAACUGAAAGACAAGUUUAGGUUUUUCUCAAAGGGUACCGCCCCCCAGAUUCUCCAUACUCUUCAGGCGCUAGACUAAGGUAAAAUAAAUCAUGGAAUUAAAAUGAUGUAGCAGCUACCCAUGGUUCUAGGGUGGAAAAAUUGGGUGAUUAGAAAGAUAGGGAUCAGCAGAAACAGCUCUGAGUUGGCCAACGAUGGCUCAUUGGUAGAGAGAGACACCACUGUAGUCGUGUAGGAAGGGAGACUGCUGGACAGCUUCAAAAGAAAAAAAACGCUCUCCACAGUGACAGGUCUGCUCCCCAAAGAGUUGACGGAUCACUGUACAGCCCAGUGUAUCACUGCCGGGAGUAACUAUUGGGGGCUGUGUAUUAAGAGACGAGGGCUUAAGGGAAAUUUGAAACUUUUUCAAAAACUCGUCUUUCUCGUUAAAUGUUCAGCUAAUUGCUCCUUCCAAAAAGAGAAGCUGAAGAUCACCAGUCAUUUUCAUAUGCCCUCGACCUUCCUCUAAAGCAGGUUUGAGAAGGUUGCACAUCAGAUCUUUAGCUUGGGAAAAACAGCACACGAAACCCAGCAAGGGUCGUGACUCGCCUGGGGCUCACAGUGGAUCCUAAACCUCUGGUACUUUGCUCCCUACGACAGCCCCCAUUCUGUGACACUGCAGCCUCUGCUCGCCCUGUAGUGGAUGGUGUUGAUGUGCUAACUGGAAGCCAGGUGCAAAGAGAGGGAGGGAGCGGCAGACCCACGACAUUGCUUUGAACGUGACUGUAAUACUCUGUAGCCUUACUAAAAGCCCUUCCCUUAGUUUCGAUUUAUUUUUCAGUGCAUGCCAUGCUGUAAGUCAAAUGUUUGAUAACCCAACCCUUACAUAAUUUUUUUUUUUUUUUUUUGCCCUUAAGGACAUUAAGAAGCAAAUGCCUAUUUCCAAAGCAAUUAGCUUAUCGUGAUUGACGGUGGUUUUAUUCUGUUAUAGUAUCGUUUUCCUCUUUAGUGGAUAGGGGAGAAUAAUACUCAUUUACCUGCAUUCUGCCCCUUAGAGGCUCUCUCUCACCCUUCCUGUCCUUGCUAGUGUCCUAAAGCUUUGUCUUAACAAGUGCAACGUUAAUUUUUUUUUUUUUGUGAUAAAUCCUUUUUAAAACCGUAUUCAGUGAUCCUUCCAACAAGUUUAUCUACUCUGCACUAUUUCACUAAUAAACCCUGGCUACUACGUAGCCCAUGACCUCCAAGUAGUUUACCUAUGCAAGACCUGUGACAUUCUGAAUUCACUUUUCUUUAUUUCAGAAAGCAGUCCUCCAUGGAACUUACUCACAAACUUUUGCCUCCACCCAGUUUUCUUUUGGCCAUUUCCUUUUCAAAAUGUCAACUAUCCUCCCCCCCUCCCCCAAGAUUUUUCACCAAAACAAUGAUCAUAAGUGCUGGAAUAUAUAAUAUUUUGCAGGAAUAAAAUAACUCAGAAAUACUCUUAUAUGUCUUUGGUGGAGUUUGGUUGGUAACCAUUACCAGCAGUAAGUGUAACAUAUAAUGAGGAGUUGAUUCCUUGCCUAGAAUCAUCUCUUCCCUCUAAGAUUCAUAGGAUUCACCUUUUAUUUUUUACAAAGCAUACGUAUAACUUCCACAUUAUAGUCAGGGACCUGAGGUGUAACUUGCUAAGUGAACCCCAAGGUUAUUUUAUCUUGCAAAAGAAACCUAAACCAAACUAAGGGCCUUACAUUUAUGGUUAGACUGAAUCAAAAGCUAUAACCUCAGUUUUUCCAAAAACAGCUUCUGACUGCAAAGCACGUCUGCAGUUGUUAGGUAUGAAAUAGCACUGAUCAGGAAGUGCGCGUGGAUCUUGGCAGACUGCGUUUCCUUCCCAAAAGACUUUUCUACUUUUAAUAUAAAUUAAGCCAUAACAGUUUCAUGCUGUGGAAAGAGGGUGAAAAGGUUCAUUUUAAGAGAUUAUAUAAUAUGAAUUUUUCACAUUUACUGUGAAAUGUCUAACUUUGCCAGUGCUUCAGCAGGUUUGUUUGAUUUGGGGGUGGGGGGCGGGGGGGAGGGAAGAGGGUGGUGACCGGGAGGGGUAGGAUUGGUUUUAGGGGUUUUAAAGUCUGUGAAAUUUGAAAAGGGACGGUUGUUGGCUAUGGUAUUUACUAGUUUUGUAGUAACGUUUUGCUAGCCUGACUGACUUUCCUGAGCUGAUUUUCAUGCCCAUGGUCCCAGGUGACUUAGCCUUUCUUGUUGGGGGUGUCUGCGGAGUAGUGUCUUGUCUGUGUGUAUAGGCAGUCCGCGUGUGUGCACAGGUGUGCCCUUUGAAUACAGAAGCACACUGUGUGACGACGGCGUGGGGGUGUGGCUGGGAAGUGGGAUGCUGAAGCUUUAAGAGCAUUUUUUUCAAUUCAUAACAGUAUUUCCCAUCUUUUGCCUGCAGGCAGGGAACGUGUACAGUAUUUAUUUGUUUCUGUUUUGAAUUUGUAAGUUUUUAAGUAGCUUACAUUGGUUAUUAUAGGGGAGAACAAGUGACUUGUUUAAAGUUGUAUUUGGUAUUCCUACUUUCCAAUUUCUGUAUUUUAAAAUAUUGAAAUUAAAAUUGUAUUACUUCUG